UUUUUAAUUGAUGUUUAGUUUUCUUACAGUAGUAAUAAUAUAAUAGAUCACAAGGACCAAUGUUAUUAUAUUUCCAAUACAUACACUAUAUAUGAAUUUUGGGACUUGGAGUUUCCCAAGAGAGCAAGCGUAGAGAACAUUACACAAAAUUCUCUAUAUUCUUAUUUGGAAGAAACUAGAAAUGAUGAGCAAUUACUUUCUGAAAUGGGAUUAUGCAUUAUUAGUGGUGCUUAUUAUGUUGUAUGAUGCAGGAUUAAUCCAUGGGGAAGUUACAUGCUUAGAGAAUGAGAGGCAAGCACUCCUCAGCUUCAAACAAAGCAUAGCUGAUCCCUGGGACAUGCUGUCAACAUGGAGGGACGAUGAUUGUUGCAAAUGGCAGGGAAUUACAUGCAGCAACCAAACUGGUCAUGUACUCCGCCUUCAUCUCCGUGGAUCAUAUUCACAUUUUUUAUCUGGUCAACCCAAUAUCUCCACCUUGAUUGACUUGCAAAAUCUUCAACAUUUAGACCUCAGUUCCAAUAGUUUUCUUGAUAGUAAUAUCUCACAACACAUUGGCUUGUUGACCAAGCUACGACAUCUCAAUCUGUCAUAUUCCGAGUUUGGUGGGAGUAUUCCUUAUCAACUAGGCAAGCUUACACAUUUACAGUAUUUGGAUCUCAGCUACAAUGAUCUUGAUGGAGUUAUCCCAUAUCAACUCAAACACUUGAGACAACUACAAUAUCUCUGUCUUCAAGGGUAUCUUGAACUUUCAGGAGCAAUCCCUUUUCAAAGUGGUGAUCUUCCAUUGCUGCACACUCUCAAGCUCCAUGGCGACUUUGUUCUCGAAAGUAAAGGUGUAGAAUGGGUGUCUAAUCUCUCCUUUUUAAAUACUCUUGACUUCACGUCAAUGAGUGUUGGCAACUCUCAUCAGUGGCUUCAAAUGAUUCGUAAGCAUAUUCCAAACUUAACAGAGCUGAGGUUGUCGGAUUGUAGUCUUUCUGAUAAUGAUGUUCAAUUUUUAUUUGAUAUUCAUUCUAAUUAUUCUUCCACUACUUCCCUUACCAUCCUUGAUUUCUCAAAUAAUUUAUUGACAUCAUCCACAUUUCAAUUGUUGUCCAACUUCAGCGAUAACCUUCGGGAGCUUUAUCUUUCACAUAAUAGUAUUGUUUUGUCACAUUCUCAUUACCCAAACUUUCUUUCUCUAGUGAGCCUUGACCUUUCUUAUAAUAAUCUCACUUCAUUAGUGUUUCAAGGAAAUUUCAACUUCGGCUCCCACCUUGAAAUGCUUUAUUUGUCAAAUUGCAGUCUUACGGAUACAAGUUUUCUGGUGUCAUCUACUUCCAUUGUGAAUUCUUCAUCUUCUCUUGUUAGCGUUGAUCUCUACUCUAACCUGUUGACAUCAUCAAACAUAUUUCACUGGAUCUUCAACUUCACAGCCAAUCUUCACACCCUUUCUCUUGGUUACAACUUGUUAGAAGGUCCUGUUCCACUAGGUUUUGACAAAGCAAUGAAAUCUCUUGAAUAUCUCGAUCUCUCUCAUAACAAUCUGCAAGGAGAGAUUCCCCAUUUCUUUGGAAAUAUUUGCACACUACAGUCACUAGACUUGUCAUAUAACAACUUGAGUGGGGACUUUUCAAGAUUCAUUCAAAAUUCAUCAUGGUGCAACAGACACAUAUUUCAGGAGCUAUCUUUGUCUUACAAUCAAAUCACUGGCGUGAUACCUAAAAGCAUCAGAGUGUUAUCUGAGUUGGAAUAUAUGUUCCUAGAAGGGAAUUUUUUGAAGGGUGAAAUUACUGAAUCACAUCUCACAAACUUUUCCAAAUUAAAAUACUUGAUCUUGUCUCACAACUCAUUAUCUCUAAAGUUUGUCCCCAGAUGGAUUCCUCCUUUUCAGUUAAUAUAUUUGAGGCUAGCAUCUUGCAAGUUGGGUCCUAACUUUCCAAGUUGGCUACAAACUCAAAAUCACUUAAGUUAUCUGGAUAUUUCUGAUGCGGGGAUUCAUGGCUAUAUACCAGAGUGGUUUUGGUAUAAGAUUCAAUUUCUUGAGUUUUAUUUGAAUAUGUCUCACAAUAAUUUUACAGGUGCUAUUCCAAAUUUACCACUAAGGUCCCAACACGGAAUAUCUACAGAUUUGAGUUCAAAUCAAUUUGAGGGUGUAAUUCCAUCCUUUUUGCUACAUUCUUCAUCGUUGAUUCUCUCUGAAAACAAAUUUUCAAAUGUAUCAUCACUGUUGUGUCAAGAGAACAACAUUGGUAGGAAUUUGGGCACUCUAGAUUUAUCAAACAAUCAAUUGAAGGGUUCAUUGCCUAAUUGUUGGAAAUCUGUAAGCUCCUUAUUGUUUCUUGAUCUAAGUAAUAAUAAUUUGACAGGGAAGAUUCCACCAUCCAUGGGCUCCCUUGUCAAAUUGGAAGCUUUGGUCUUACGAAGCAAUGGAUUCAUCGGCAAACUACCUUCUAUCUUGGUCACUACAUUGUUAACAUAACUUUAAUGUGGAAAGGUGUGGAAAACUGGUUCAAGGAUCCAGAGUUUAGUCUUAAGGCCGUUGAUCUCUCUGGUAAUUAUUUAACCGGUGAAAUUCCAAAAGAGAUUGGAUAUUUGGUCGGAUUAAAUGAACUGAAUUUAUCAAGAAACAAUCUAAAAGGAGAGAUUCCUUCAGAAAUUGGAAAUCUAACUUCUCUAGAUUUUCUUGAUCUAUCAAGAAAUGAUUUGUGUGGUAGAAUUCCUUCAAGUCUAUCCCAAAUUGAUGGGAUUGGUGUGUUAGACUUGUCAUACAACAAUCUUUCUGGAAGAAUCCCAUCAGGGGGACACAUGGAUACUUUUGAAGCCUCUUUCUUUGAAGGAAAUCCUAAUCUUUGUGGUGAGCAACUCAACAAAACUUGUCCGGAAGACAUGACACCAACAAAGCCACAAGAAUCAACAACAAAUGAUGAGGCAGAUGAUAAUUCAGAUUUUUAUGAAGCAUUAUACAUGAGCUUGGGUUUUGGAUUUUUCAUUGGAUUUUGGGGCCUUUUAGGGCCGUUAUUGUUUUGGAGGUGUUGGAGAAUUGCUUAUCUCAGAUUCUUGAACAAAGUAGCAGACUACAUAUAUGUAAUGGUGGCAUUGAAUAUGCGUAGGUUCCACAAUUGACUUGAAGAUUGGCAGGUACAUUCUCAGAAUAGUUUGUCUCUCAAAUUCUUAGUUUCUUUUCUUUACUUAAUUACUUCUUCCUCAUAUAUGCCAAUAUUUUUAAUGAUUUUAUGCACUUUUAAGUGGUGUAUUUAAAGAUUUUUUUUGGAUUCCUGAUAACAUCUCCAGACUAAAUAAUUUAGAAAUAAUUAUUUAUAUGGAAUAUAAAUUUAGUCAUUCUAAUAUGUCUAUAUUUAUAGCAGUCACUGUGACUAUAGAAUUUAAAAAAAAAUGUUAUUAAAAAUAUUAUCAAAAUAUAAAAAAAAUGUAUCCUUAAUUUUAACAAUACUUGCAUAGCCAUUAUAGCUACUACAAACAUAGACAUACUAGAAUUCACCUUAUAAAUUAUGUCGCUAUGGUAUUUUCAUUGCGGAUGCAGAUGCGCUCCUCACUUCUAAUCUGGGAUGGACUCACUGUGGAGUUGCUGCUAGUACCAAUAUACAUGCAGUGUGUAGGAGUUUGUUGGAUUAUAUAUUCAAUAAGAUUUUUAGUUUGUAAAAUCUAUCACUUUUUGUCGUCAGACUUAGUUUAUGGUAUUUUAUAUUUCUAGUUAUCAGAAUAAUGUAAUGUAGUGAUGUAUGUACCUCUUCAUCGUUGUAAGUUGUUUUUGGAAUAAUCUAUAUAUUACUCUUCAAAUAUCUUUACAUGAUAGAUGAGGUUGUAAUAACUCAAUUUGAAUUUAUUUGCGUGCUGUAUGUACUUCACUUCAAAUUCGGCUGCUUCUUUACUAUUUUAAGUUCUUAGCUUUCUGUUUGCCUUCACUGCUUAUCAUUCGUUUACUUCAAUAAUAGCUUCAUGAUCGAUGGGGACCCCUUAGUGUAGUGUCACUAGUGUGUGUUAUAAGAUUAUACAUAAAUAAAAUAAUAAAUUAAAAUAUUUAUUAAGAUACGUUAAAAGCCACAAAAUAUAUUUCUAACUUAUUAGUUCUUCCAAAAACAUGAAUAUAAUGCGUUCUAUUCAUCCUACUAUACACAUUCAAAUUGUGAAACCUCUUUAUUGACGCGCUAACAAACCAUGAAAGAGAUAAUAGCUAUGUAAGGAUAGUGAUGAUGAACUACAGGACGAUCCUUGAUGAUAGAUACCUUAUUGGCCAAGUCGAGGAAUGUUAGAGGAUCAUCAAGAAUUUAUUGUUUGUCAUUAGUUAAUUAUCAAGAAUUUAAUAAGGUAUCUAUCAUUAAUAAGAUACCUUAUUAAUGUGGUGAUUUGAUGCUGAGAUUAAUUUGUUUGAACAGAAUUUGUGCAUCACCGCGGUUUAUCAACCAGUUAGGGAGUUAUUACAGCAGGAGAGAAAGAAGGAUAUGGUAACAUCUUUUAUCUCAUGCAAAAAAAAUUAGAGGAAUGCUAGGGGACCAGCAAUUUUGGUGUUUUGUAACCAUCAAUUGGUCAUCAAUAGUGUUUUUAAUGGUAUGAGAUUAUAUCUAAUGGUGGGAGAUCACUCACUUUUGUUUUGAUGGUUAAGUGCUGGCCAGAAAACACAAAAGUUGCUGGCCCCCUAGACUUUUCCAAAAAAUUAUGACUUAUGAGCUGAAGAGGUAACUAAUAUCAAUGCAUAUAUAUUGUAUCAAGAAAAGAAGAAAAAAGAGACAGCAGGCCAAAGCUCUGAAGAUGCUUCAGAGAAUAAAGAAGAUCAUCAAAUUACUCUGAGGUCUUUAACCAUGGAAGACAUGAGACAGGCAAAGAGUCGGGUAAAUGGCGAACCAACGAAACCAUUGUAACAUGCUACUUAACGUUUUGGAAUAUGUCUUCAUUCAUGGACAUAAGUUUAUGAAUAAUAUCCGUUUCGAUGCAGGUGGCUGCUAGUUUUGCAUCCGAAGGAAUGGUAUGAAUGAGCUGAAAUAAUGGAAUGAAUUAUAUGGAGGAGGUUCAAGGAAGAAGCAGCAACUCACUUACUUCCUUUAAAGUGUGUGCAAAAGCUGGUUUAUUUUGUGGACUCUGUAAACAUUGAUCUUAAGGGAUAUAUAGGAGCCUUUCAAAGAAUUCAAAGUGUGCCCAAGUUUCCCACAGUUCAUAGAUCAUAAGCUAAAGAUCACAUUAGCUUUAAGGGCAGAUUAUAUAUCCUCCAAUUCCAAAGGAUAUGUAGAAAUCAUGAUGCAUCAAGGUUUUAGGGGAGGAGUUCUAAAUUUAUAGUUUGGAUUGUUUACAAAACAAAUCUAGUACUAGUUAGGGGGAUUCUACUGUCAUGAGUGGUUUGGAAAAUGCAAUGGAUUUUUGGGAAGUAGGAUUAAUCUACAUCAAACCCUCUUUUAGGUAUGCAUUGCUUUGUAUGAUAUCAUAUAUGGACAGAAUUUUCAGACAAUAGAAUUUAUACUGCAUUGCUUAGA